AUGGUUUGCGGAGGUGUUCCGAAUACUACCGUACCUCUUGAGCCAAGCCACGAACGGAUCCCGCCCAUGCAGGCACAUCAAGAGUUCCUCAAUGACUGGAUCAAUAUAUUCUCGACAUCUUCUUCAAUGCAGGCCGCAUCAUCAAGGCCUGGGAUGGCGGCAAGGUGGGCAAGAAAUCCACGAGACGGUUGCAACAAAACCCGAGCUAUGGAAGUCCACAAGUAUGAUGGCAAGUACGUCACCGAGGUCGACUGGGCAAGGAGCGAAUUUGAACACGACAUUAUCUACGCAGGCCACCGAGGAAAGCUGCACUCUAUUAUCUUGGCCCAUGCCAAGAGUCUAGUCCCAGACAUUCGCAUCGGCGUUGGUGUCACUAAAUACCUAGAAAACGAGACCCAACCCGUUGUGGUUCUCUCGACCGAUAUGAGCGCCUUGGUUGGGAACGUUUACAUGUGGACUUGA